AUGGAAACAACCGAAGAGUUCUUUCGUCAGAUACAUCAACAACGCUUGCAGCACCCUGGGUACAGUCCGUGCCCAUUUUAUCGCAGAAUGGAAAAUCAUCUACAAGGAGCAUUUUUAAUGCCCAUCUCCCCGUCCUUAAGCACUCCUAACACCGGGACAUUUUCGACGAUGGCUUCAGGUCAACUAUUGAAAAACCAUUUUACGAAAGAUUGCAUAAGGGAGGUAAAACCUGCAGUAAACUCUGCGGUUUAUAAUGGCCCAAGUAUAAAGCAAAAUCCCAGUUCGGAAUAUUCUAGAGUUACGGCGACAGCACCAUCCAAUUUUCCUCUGAAUUUGACCUGCUUGCACAGAGAAAGUGACAGGGAUCUCAAUAAGAAAAAAUACUACACAAAUAUAUUAGAAAACAAGGUUGCAGAAAAUGAGGCUGGAAUUUGUGAAUCUUCCUUGGAAACGUCGUCGGAGAUUUGUUUGCCUUCCAUGCCGCGAAACUUCGAAAACUUCAAUACUGAUUCUCUACAGAUCUACAAUCCUUGUUACGAUAAACGGGAUGAAUCAGGAGCCUCACACUUAAACUAUUGCAAGCAACUUUUGUUAAAUGACGCAGCAAUAUCCCAAUACUGCGGUGCAGUGCGUCGAACAUCAAACAAGAAAUUGUCUCCAGCUUCCCUUUCUCCUCCAACCAGAACCAAUGAGUCAUCCAAAUGCAUUCACAAUGUGCGUCAUGUUCCAGUCAGCCCUAAACCGUUAACUGUAGAAUGCGGUAUCUCCGAGAGAACUGACAUUAACCCGUCCAAUAUAGAACAUCUGAAAAUUUGUAAUGACUCAAACGCCCAGUACACAAACAAUGCAACAAAGGAGAAAAAAGCGAGUAAACUGCGCACAGCCAUGUCAUCACAAAGGAUCGUCUCCGAAAAUAAUGAGCUCCGGAAGAUGGAUUGCAAGGAUGCAGUGAAGUUUGACUUGCUCCAUAGUGAGAAGGAGAAGGUUCCAAUGCUACAGCAAAGGAUGCAAAAGACAGCAUUUUCUCAGACAAUUCACCGACCAGCUGGUAUUAUUGAGGGCGUACUGCUCCAUGCGCACCCAGUUGAAUCGCUGAAGCACGCAGCGAGUAAAGAAAUUAAUCAGAAAUUAGAAAAUACUCGUCUGUUAUCCGUUGUCAGUCAAAAUGAUAACCAUAAAGCAUCUGGAAAUGGAAUGGACACAUAAACAUUAUUUUUGACAACGAAGCUAUUUUGUGCCCUGUAUAUAACUAGUAUGAGAAAUAUGCAUUUAUAAUACAAGCACCAUUUCUAUUUGAUUGA